GAAGAUAUUUGGAAGGAAGCAUUUCCGGUCGGCACGGAGUGGGACCAAUACGACAAAGUGUACGAGAUCGAGUGGGACUUCUCAAACCUCGAUGAGGCGUUUGACGAGGGAGGACCGCUGCACGACAAGAGGGUAUACCUCUUUGGAUGCACAGAACCGCAGCUGGUGCACUGGAAGGGCAAGGACAAGGUGGUGCACGUGCCAGCAGUCGUGGCGGUGCUGUCACCGUUCGCCCCGUCAGACAAGCUGGGAAUCAAAUCUGUGCAGAUGGAGACAGAGAUGAUCGUGCCGAUGAGGGAGAUGAAGAUGGACUGGAUCCCCUACAUACCCGACACCACUGGCCGAGGUUCUGAUCUGAGGCGGCAUCGGUCGAAUAUAUUCACUCUCAAGUGCAUACAACGAAGGGCGGGUUUGAGGCAGAUGAAGCAAGAACGGGUGAAGAAGUUUGAGUACUGCUUACCAUACAUCUUCCUGCCGCACAUGCAGGAGGAGCAGGAGGUGGACACCGUCGUGUCCAUCAUGUACCCCUUCGAAGGAGACAACCCUCCUCCCCCGCUGCUGGCGGAGUAUGACUGGGAGAUGGACGAGUACGAGGAGUUCACAGACAACCUGGUCAAGGACGAGUCACUACCAGAAGCGGAGAAGCCCAAGUUCAUUGAGUAUGUGAAGAAAGAGGUGAAAGAGGCCAAGCUCAAGGCAAAGAAGGAGCGGGAGGAGCGCAAGAAGGCGAUAGAGGACAUGGGAGAGGAGCGCCUGGAGGCACUCAAGAACCUCAGGUUCCUCAAGUUCUACCCCAAGCACAGCGAAGACACACCCGACAUUUCCGAGUUUAAGGCCAACUACAUCAACCGAUAUUACGGCAAGGCUCAUGAGGUUCUAUGA